UGAAUGCCCUCCAAUCCUAUAAAGGCUAUCUGAUAUCACUGGCUGCAUUCUGUUUCCUUGUGAGCAUCAUUUACCAUUGGAAAAUAAUAAAGUGUGACAGACCAGGAAUACCUAUUUUAUCAACUGCAAGAAAGGAGCAAGUAAGCGAAAUUGAUAAGACAGUAAGUAGAAUUUACCAUCAGGUCGAUCAAACCAUUCCCACAACAAAUAUCACUGACAAAAUGAAAUCGACCAGUGCGGAAAAGAGCAAAGCCUUCCUAAAAUAUCCAAAAGACAGAUACUGUAUUGGAGACCGAUUGAUAGUACAAGUUGAUGUGUUUGACUACGUGGGCAGAAGGAAAACCUACAGUGGAGACUAUUUAAGGGCAAGAAUGUCAACAAGCACGCUCGGGGCGGGAGCUUCCGGGAGGAUUGAGGAUUUCAAUAAUGGUACCUAUCAUGUCCACUUCAUCUUAUUCUGGGAAGGUACAAUUAAUAUUACAAUUUUUAUGAUGCACCCAAGUGAAGGGGCAUCAGCCCUGUGGAUUUAUAGAAAUAAAUGGCAUGGCUACGUAGGCCAUGUGGGCAAGUUCGAAGCGUCUCAGCGAUACAUAGAGACAAGGUGUGGAUUUGACCUUGAUGAAGACAACGAACUGUGUGAGUAUAAAGAGGAAAAAGACGAAGAACACUUCUAUUGUAUCAAGCCUGAGGGGUUUAGCUGUGAUUCUCUUACUCACGUGAAGAGCUGGCGUAGACACAAGACGUUACUGACUAGUCUUGAAGAGAGCUUAUUUGACGCGCCUAAUGUCAGAGUUGAAAUUCCAAAAGACUUUGACCACAUCCAUGUAUUUCGAUGUAAGAAUAGUAUUAGUCUCACUAAUGAAACAUGCAAAAUUGGAACAGAGUUGGAGUACCCCAGUGGAUAUGUUAUAAAAGAUGUGUGGCACCCAAAGGGAUGCAGGGCGCUGACCUAUAAAACCUUGGAUGAGCUUCAUAAGUGCUUCACACAUAAGUUCAUUUACCUUUUGGGAGACUCAACUUUAAGAAUGUGGAUGUUUUACUUUCAGAAGCAUGUCAAGACACUGAAACCGUUCAUUCUCCAUGAAGAUAACUGGGCACGUCAGCUUUUAGGCUUCGAUGUGAACAACAAUAUGAAAAUGUCUUGGAAGAGGCACACCUACCCUUUUAUCAGCAGCUCGUAUCAAUCAUGGAAAGAGGAGCGCACCAUUGCUCGUGAAAUCGACUUAAUAAGAGGUGAUAAGAGAACUGUGAUCGUACUGAACAUUGGCGUGCACUUCAGAGCCUACCCCGUCUAUUACUUCAUUAAGAGACUCUGCAAUACACGCCGGGCUAUACAGCGUUUGUUCCUUAGAAGCCCGGAAACCAAAGUGAUAAUUAAAACAGAGAACACAAGCCCCAUGAAGAAAAAUUUCGAAACAAUGAGUGAUUUUCAUGCUUCUGUACACUAUUUUAUCAUGGAAAUGGUAUUCAAGGGCCUCAAUAUUGGCUUUGUUAAUGGCUGGGACAUGACCAACUCAUUUGACACCAAUGAUAUUCAUCCUUCGGAAAAUGUUAUUGAGAAUGAGAUUAAAAUGCUGAUGACGUAUAUCUGUUAAAAUGGUUAUCCCACAAGUGUAAAACUUUUUUUUACUCACCGAUCUCAAAGACUUUUUUCCAUUUCUGUGGGUGGACAGCAGCUCAUUAAGCAUCUUCAUCUCCCAGGAUGCAUUUUCCUUAACUCUUGUUAAUUUCUUUUGUCCCUGAACAGAAAAUAGUCCCUCACAUAUAG